AUGGAGAAACAGAUAGCGAUAAUCGGCGCCGGGAUCAGCGGGCUGCUGGCAUGCAAACACGCGGUGGACAUGGGCUUCAGUCCGACCGUAUUCGAGGCCCGAGACGCCAUUGGAGGAGUUUGGGCGGCCCAGUCCAUGGAGUCCACUAAGCUCCAGACUCCCAAGACCUAUUACCAGUUCUCCGACUUUGCAUGGCCACCGUCAGUGAACCAGACAUUUCCUCAUCACACCCAAGUGUUCCACUACAUACAAUCCUAUGCUCGUCACUUCGAUAUCCUCCGUCUGAUCAAGUUUAACUCCAGAGUGAUUGGGAUUGACUACUCUACGCCGUCCGAUGAAGAAGGUAUUGUUUCUGGGGAUCUGUGGGGUGGCUAUGGUGGGCCCUUCUCAGCUACAGGAAAAUGGAAAGUCGCCGUACAGGAUACCCAGCAGCCGUUGGUUGCACCUCAGGUGUACCAGGUGGAUUUUGUAAUAUUGUGCAUUGGGAAGUUCAGUGAUCUGCCAAACGUGCCAGAUUUCCCAAUAAGCAGUGGGCCACGAGUGUUUGAUGGAGAGGUCAUACACUCCAUGGAUUAUGCAGCCAUGGGUUACAAUCGUGCAGCUGAAUUAAUCACAGGAAAGCGGAUCACCGUGGUCGGGUUCCAGAAAUCAGCAGUGGAUGUAGCAACAGAAGUUGCUAACAAAAAUGGGGCUAGACACCCAUGUACACUGCUGUUCAAGACAGUGCACUGGACGGUUCCUGAAAACUUGCUCACAAUCAACUUCAGAAAUCUAAACCGGUUUUCGGAGUUUAUGAUCCAUAAGCCCGACGAAGGAUUCUUUCUCUGGUUCUUGGCUCUUCUCCUUUCACCUUUGCUGUGGAUAUUUUCAAAAUUGGUGGAGAGCUAUCUCAAAUGGAUAUAUCCAUUGAAGAAAUACAAUAUGGUCCCGGACCAUGCCUUCUUCAAGCAGAUUUCUUCGUGUAUGUUCACAGUUUUGCCGGCUAAGUUCUACAACAGAGUUGAAGAAGGAAGUAUCAUCUUGAAGAAAACACAGAGGUUCGGCUUUUGCAAAAAUGGACUGAUCAUCGAUGGCGAGCCAAAACCUCUAGCAACAGAUAUUGUCAUCUUCGCUACUGGAUAUAGAGGUGAAGAAAAGCUGAAGAACAUUUUCACAUCAACUUAUUUCCAGAAAUGUGUCACGGGGUCAUCAGCUCCCUUAUACAGGGAAUGUAUUCAUCCAAGGAUACCACAGUUGGCUAUACUAGGGUACUCAGAGAGUCCUACAAUCUUAUACACCACAGAGAUGAGGAGCAAAUGGCUAGCCCAUUUUCUUGCUGGAAAGUUCGAGUUGCCAACCGUAAGAGAGAUGGAAGAUGAUGUGCAGAAAUGGGAAAAGUGCAUGCGACGCUACGCCUGUGACAGCUACAAAUGGUCAUGUGUGAGUGUGUUGCUACAAAUAUACUGCAAUGACCAGCUAUGCAGGGACAUUGGGCGCAACCCAAGAAGGAAGAAAUCAUUUCUCUCGGAGCUGUUUGCUCCUUAUGGUCCAACAGAUUAUGCAGACUUAACUCGAUCCGCGUAA